UCAUCCACAUUCACGCCCACAUGAGCUCUGCCGACAACUACAAAGACUUCGACCAGUCACACAUCCUCGACACAUCUGAUCUGCUGGAAGAGCUCGAGAACAAGUGUGGUGGACAGGAUGGUGAGGCGUGCAACAACCUCGGGGUGCGGUACCUGCUGGGCAAGGACGUGGCGGUGAACAAGGAGAAGGCGGUCGAGUACUUCCGUCGGGCUUGCGAUGCCUCGCUGCCCGAUGGGUGCUACCAUCUGGGCCUGACCCAGUACCAUGGUUCAGGCACUCCGGUCUCCAUGCCUGAUGCACUUGCCUCGUUUGAGAAGGCGUGCAACCUCGGCGAGGGCGGCUCGUGCAACAACCUCGGCAUCAUGUAUCAGACCGGCUCGGGCGUGGAGAAGGACGCCGAUGCCGCCGCAGACUUUUUCGCAAAGUCAUGCUCGCUCGACGACGCCACCGGCUGCCUCAAUGCCGCCCGCACCGCCGCCGUCGUCAAGGAGACCGCAGACAUGGUCAAGUUCCUGCAAAAGGGCUGCAACCUCGAGUCCAUCGCAGCCUGCUUCUCGCUCGGCUCGGCCUACCUGCACGGGACCGGCGUGGAGAAGGACAACCUGCGGGCGACAGCCAUGUUUGGCAAGGCCUGCCGCCUCGGCUCGGCCGACGGCUGCUUCCUCCUCGGCGUCUCACACUUUACCGGCAACGGCGUCGCGCUCGACAAGGCCAAGGGCGCCAAGUACUACCGCAUCGCCUGUGAGAAGGGCUCGUCUCAGGGCUGCAUCGCCUUUGCCGAGUGCCUCAUGCACGCCGAGGGCGUGCCGGCCAACCCGGCCGCUGCGCAGCACAUCUACCAGCGCGGCGUCGCGCUCAAGCGCCAGGAGGACGCCGCCAAGGCUGCCCGCGGCGGCGCGCCUCCGCCAUCGUCGCAGUAAGCAGGUACUUGCUGCCGGCUCUGCCUCGCCUCAGGUGAUGUGUGAAGUUCUUUGUUGCUGUUGUCUCGCCUCUCCCCUACCUGGCAAAGACGGUGUCGAGCGCCGCCGGAAGCGGGUGGAUAGUUGUGGCGUAGAAGGCCUCGAUGUCGCGGACCUCACGGGUGUCUGCCGGCUGCACGAAUGAGAUGGCGACGCCCUUGCGGCCGAAGCGGCCGCCACGGCCGAUGCGGUGGACAUAGUUCUCACGGUUGUUGCGGGUCAUGUCGUAGUUGAUGACGAGCGAGACCGACUGGACGUCAAUACCGCGGGCGAGGAGGUCGGUGGCGAGCAGGAUCCGCGCCGCGCCGGUGGAAAAGGCCGCCAGGAUGUCGCGCCGCUCCUCGAGUGGCAUCUCCGAGUGGACGUACGCCACGGUAUGGUCCUCGGCGUCGAGGGCAGCCGCCAGCGCCUCAACCCCAUGGCGGGUGUUGCAGAAGAUGACCGUCUGCGAGACCGAGAUGGUGGCGUAGAGGUCAAGCAGUGUAGAGAGCUUGUGCUCCUGCCGUUCAACCAUGACGUAGUACUGGUCGAUUCCCUCAAGAGUCACCUCGUCGCGCUCGAGCAGAAUCCGCACCGGGCUGCGCAGCAUCUUGUCGGCGAUGGCGAGCACGCCAUCAUCGAGGGUGGCCGAGACAAGCGCAAUCGUAGCCGCGUCCGAAAGCUGGCGCACCACCUCGUACAUGGCCUCGACAAAGCCCAUCGAGAGCAUCUCGUCGGCCUCGUCGAGCACCAGCCGGUUGAUGGCCGAGAGGUCGAGCUCGCCGGCGCCGGCCAGGUCGAGCACCCGCCCGGGCGUCCCCACCACUACCCCUGGCCGCUUCCGCCGCAGCUCGCUGAUGUUGUCCCACCGCCUCAAGCCGCCGAUGCACGUCGUCACCCCCACGUCGAGGUAGGAGCCGAGGUCCUCGACCACACCCGCGCUCUGAAGCGCCAGCUCGCGCGUCGGCUCUAGAAUCAGCAGGCGCGGCAUGCCGUCGCUCACCGUUCCCGUGUUGACCAUCUGCUGCAGCGCGCCGAUGACAAACGUCGCCGUCUUGCCGGUCCCACUCUGCGACUGCGCCACAAUGUCACGGCCCUUGGCAAUGGGCACAAUUCCCAGCGUCUGGAUCCGCGACGGGUUCUCGUAGCCAUACGCAUACAGCCCGUGGAGGAUCUCGUCGGCGAGCCCCAUGUCGUCAAAAGUCUCGUACUCCU